ACUUUACCACUGCUAGUUAUUCAAAAUGGAGAUAUUCUAUUUGUCUCUCGUAUUCAUUACAAUUUUAUUCGAUAAAACGGAAUCGGGUCAUUCAAAAUCUAAAUCACUUCUGAUUCUCUCUGAUCUUUCCAAUGAACAGGACAGAGAAUUCUUUAAGAAAACGUAUCCAUGGAUUGCUGAAAACAUCGGUGAUUAUAUAGAUGUCGCUUUGUUUUUCAAUAAUUGCGAUGAAGACACUGAUAUAAAGUACUGUGUACUGCAACAACUAGAUACAAGAAGUCAGGCAGAUUACCUUCGAUGUGAAGCAGAAGACAGAUCCACCGACUGCGCAGAUGGAUUCGAUUUAAAUAAACAUAAAUUCAAAAAAUGUAUGAAAAAAGUAGGCAAAAUCGAAAGAGAGGCUGAAAGAGCAUUUGCCCAUUACCAUCCAACAAGGACACCGUUCAUCGUAUUGCCAAGUGGUAAAGUUUGUGAUCUCUAUCCAAAAACGCUUUUAGAAUGUAUUUGCAAUGCAUUGUUUAAGAAAAGAAUGCCACGGGGUUGCAAGAAUCCUUCUCCAGAACCUUUUACUACAACCCCCAAACCAACAACAACCACAACAACAACUCCUAAGACUACUACGACGGAAAUACCAACUACAACAGAAAAACCAACUACAACAGAGAAACCUACAACAACAGAGAAACCCACAACAACAGAGAAACCUACUACAACAGAAAAAUCUACUACAACAGAUAAAUCUACAUCAACGGAAAAAUCUACUACAACAGAAACACCUACCACAACAGAAAAGCUUAUUACUACAGAAAAGCCUUCUACUACAGAAAAACCAACUACUACAGAAAAGCCUACUACAACACAGAAACCGUCAACAACAGAAAAACCAACAACGACGGAUAAGCCAACAACUUCCAAACAAACUACAACAGAAAAGGCGACAACAACAUUAGAGCCUUCUACUACUAAAAAACCUACUAAAUCUUCAAAGUCAUCAACGACCAAAACUCCGUCCACUCAAAAGCAAUCUAAAAAAGCCAAGCCAAAAAGAAAGAAAGGUAAAACAACAGCCAAGCCUAUAGCAGAUAACUAAACAAAUCAUCGAAGUUCAGUCUACAAUUUGCAGCAAAAUCUGAGUAAAUAAAGAGAAAAGCUUCAAUG